CACUUGCUCCAAAUUGAAUGCGAGCGCAGUACAUGGUUAUGCCCACUGACACGCUUGCUUGCUUUUCCCGACAGCUCGGGACAGCAGAACCCGUCUUCUGCCCCACCUAGGGCGGUUCGUACUUGCACUUGAUUGCCAUUUAUUUCUUAUCGUAGAUAGGUAUCGGGUGCCACGGGCCCAGAGGUGUGGAAGUCCCCCUCCCGCGCCUUGCAGAAUGUCGAAGAGGGGUGGUGCGGACGACAAGGCGCUGGCGCUGGCCAAGGGCAAGCGAAUUCGCGGUGCUGAGGAUGUGUUGAAGAAGGUCCAGGCUCUAGCAACGCAGCUAAAGAACAGCAAGGAGGUGGAGAAGACGCUGGCGGAGUUGGAUCUGCCGUACAACUGCCGAGAGGUGGUGGACAAGGACGGCGAUGACGUGAUGGGCGAGAUUGAGGCGGCCAUGUACAAUGUGGCAGCCAGCAUCCUCGGGGGCGAGGGAUUUGCAUUCGACGUGCCCUCCAGAGCCAAGGGCAACCAGAUGUAUGUUCCCGAGCUGGACCGCAUCGUGCUGCGUGACGCCGUGUCCAAGAGGCCCUUCGCCAGCACCGCCACAUGCAGGAAGGCCGCCGUGACCACCCGUAUCCUGGGCCUGGUACACGAGCUGCUGGGCAAGAACAUCCACGUCACCAAGCGUGACCUGUUCUACACAGACGUCAAACUGUUUGAGGACCAGUCGCAGUCGGACGCCAUUUUGGACGACCUGGCCUGCAUGCUUGGCUGCACCCGCUCCAGCCUCAACGUUGUUGCGAGUGAGAAGGGCGUGGUGGUGGGGCGGCUGUCGUUCCGCGAGGACGGCGACUUUAUUGACUGCCAGCGCAUGGGCGUGGGCGGCAAGGCCAUCCCGCCAAACAUUGACAAGGUGUCGGACAUCUCUUCUGACGCGUCCUUCAUCCUGCUGGUUGAGAAGGACGCUGCAUUCAUGCGCCUGGCGGAGGACAGGUUCUACAACACCUACCCCUGCAUCAUCCUCACCGCAAAGGGGCAGCCCGACGUGGCCACGCGCCUGUUCCUCAAGAAGCUCAAGUCCAGCCUGAAGAUCCCGGUGCUGGCGCUGGUGGACAGCGACCCCUACGGCCUCAAGAUCCUGUCCGUGUACAUGAAGGGCUCCAUGAACAUGUCGUACGACAGCUCCAACCUCACCACCCCCGACAUCAAGUGGCUGGGCGUGAGGCCCUCCGACCUGGACCGCUUCGAUAUCCCGCAGCAGUGCCGGCUGCCCAUGACGGAAGAGGACAUCAAGACCGGCAAGCGCCUGCUGGAGGAGGACUGGAUCAAGAGCAACCCCGAGUGGGUGCGCGAGCUGGAGCUCAUGCUGGCCAGCAAGGUCAAGGCUGAGAUCCAGGCGCUGUCCAGUUUUGGAUUCCAGUACCUCAGCCAGGUGUACCUGCCGCUCAAGCUGCAGGAGGGAGACUGGAUCUAGAUUCUUGAUCUAGGACCUGGAUCUUAAUGUGCCACGUGGCGUGUGAUGAGGCUCGGGCUCAGGUGGCGGGUGUGUGGGGGUGCGGGUGCUUUGGGAGGAACGGUGGGGAGGGCGGGACCCAGGGGAGGGCGAGAGGGACACCAGUUGUGCGUGUGGCUGGGUUUCCACGUGGUGGAGGGGAGCUUGGGAAGCGCGGUGUGCCUGCGAUUGCCUACGACUGCGCCAUACAGGUCGUCGAUGAGGGCGGUCACGCGCCGUGCAGGGGCACAGCAGGAGGAACGGAACGGAACAGGUUGCGGGCAGACGAACAUGCAUCCCGUGCUAAUGACAGGGGGGCACAGCGCCCCCAGAAGAGGGGGCACGGCACGUGUUUGCCAGUGUGAAGCAGCGCACGCACGCGGCUGCAACGCAGGAUGGACUACCUUAUUGAAUGUUGCCAGACCCUAAGAUUAAGAUGCCUGGUCAAGGCAAGAUUGCACAGAUGUCGCUCUGGGCGUUUUCGAGGCUGCAUGGCUCUUCACGCGCAUCGGGAUGGCGAACGGACAUAAGGGUCGCGGGAAAGCCGUGGGAGCUGCUCAGGCUGAGAGGAAAGGGCAGGGCGAGAACCCGCAGCCCUGCACGUUGGCCCGGCGGCGUUCACUGGUUGAGGCGCCAAUUAUCAGAUUGCUUGCUGGUAUUGAUGGCUCCCCAUGAAGCAAGUGUUCCUGUGGCAAGCGGUCAAUGA